UGACGCCAUGGCGUUAUUUUCCCUUCAAAAUUUCCCCUCUUUCCCCGCCGUUUAUUAGCGGUAUUUUUUAGCGGGCCGCAGCCAUUUUGUAAGAAAUUUAAAUAAAGUUAGGGUUAUAAUUAAUUAAAAAGUGAAGUCGCUGUUAAUACAUAGCGAUAGCAAUACAAAUAGCACAUUUACAAUGGUCGGGCAAACGAAAGUUUUUGUGGGAAGUUUGCCGCAGGGUUCGAAGCCGGAGGAGUUGAGGAAGUUGUUCGAACGCUUUGGAGUUGUCACAGAAUGCGAUAUCAUGAACAGAUGUGGCUUUGUACACAUGCAGACAGAGGAACAAGCCUCUGCGGCUAUACGGGAUCUCCAUAAUUCUACGUUCAAUGGCGCCUUGAUAACUGUAGAGCGAGGAAGGAUUAAAGAGCGAGGAGGUCCUAGAGGUGGUGGUCGCGGUGGUAUGCGAGGAGGAAUGAGAGGGUUGGACCGGCGGGGAGGAAUGCGCGCUGGUCCCCCCAGAGACGCUCCGUAUCCUCCCGUACGCGACCGCGGUAUGGGAGGACCAAUGCGAGGUCCUCCCAUGGGCGGUAUGUCCAUGAGGAACGGUGGAUCUUACGAUCGCAGUAUGGACCGUUCGCCGAUGGGCGGAGGAAGUUACGAUGAUCGGUACAAUGGUUACGGUGGGGAGGACCGACGAGGUUUCGCGCUCAUGGACAGUCGAGGCGCUCGCGACCCGUACGCAGUCCCCCCACCAAUGUACCCAGAUGAUAGAAGAUCUUAUGCUGCUCCGGUCGACGACAUGGCAGCUAUGUACCCAGACGAGCGUCGCGCACCUAUGUACCCUGAUGAAAGAGAUAUGAUGGAUAGAAGGCCAAUGAGCUCUGCCUAUGACAGAGCACCACCAAGGGUUGCACCAGUGGGAAAUGGCGACAUAUAUAGCAGACGAGCCGAACCAUCCAUGCGGGCCUCAAACGGAGCAACAUCUGGCUAUGACCGGGACCCUUAUGCACAACAGUACCCUCCAAUGGGACGCGGCGGCGGCACGGCGAGGCGCUACUAGCGGCCACGCUUCAACAGAGCGCUCGCCACCGACGGGCGCCGAUACGGUCCGAUCCGAUGCGUUGCGACGCGGACGCGUGUUGCGCGUACCUAGUAUUGCUACAAACGAAAACGGUCACGAUCGCAGCUCUGCGCUCGUCUAGUUUAAAUUAACUUAUAGUAACUUAUGAACAAAUUGUAGUUAGUUAACAUGGAUGUUGAAAUUUUUUAUCGCCAAAUUACAUUCUGAUCCGUUGCCGUUAAUUUUUUUAACAUAUCCUCCAUAUGCAAUAAAUUACUAUUUAUAAUUGGAUCUAAAUUAAACAUGACUACAAUUUAAUUGUUAAGAUUUAACUGUGUAAGGUAAUUUAGAUGUACAUUUUUUUUUUUUUUUUUAAUGAAAUUAAAUUCCUUUUUUGGAACGUACUUCUUUUUGUUUCACCUUGUCUCCUGUUUAUUUAAUGUGCAUGACACCUUGCUCCCUUUACUUGCGCGGCUUCUGAGCAGAGUAACGGGUGCAUCCGCCACGUGGGCUUAUAAAUC